AUGAUUUUUGACCCCGAUACCAUCGAUAUCCCCAAGUCUUACGAGACUCUUUCAUUGACCGAUGUCAAUGUAUCUCAUCACCCCGCCGGGGCUCCCGACGCUACCCCAGUCGUUGUGGUAACUCUGAACCGGCCACAAAAGCACAACUCAUUCACUCUGGAGAUGAUGCAUGUCUUCGAGAAGAUCUACCCCAUGUUCGAUGUCGACGAGCGAGUCAAAGUCAUCGUGCUCACCGGUGCCGGCAAGAUGUUCUGCGCCGGCGCAGAUCUAGAGCGAGGAUUCAGCGGAAUAGAGAAAGAGAGAAACAAGGAUCACCGUGAUAGCGGUGGCCGUCUCGCCUUAGCCAUCCACCGCUGUCGCAAGCCUACUAUAGCGGCGAUGCAGGGUUCCGCCGUUGGCCUGGGCAUGACAAUGAGUUUGCCGGCCGCCAUACGCAUUGGCUGCCAGAAAGCCAAGUACGGAUUUGUCUUUCCCCGACGGGGUCUGACGAUGGAGUCUAGCUCUUCGUUCUUCCUCCCGCGGUUGAUCGGCUAUUCCAAUGCUCUUUACUUACUCACAACGGGCGGUACCUUCUCGCCUACCUCGCCGCAUUUUGGGAACUUGUUCCAGGAAACAUAUCCCGAAUCUAGUCAGGUGGUCGCGCGUGCGCUCGAGCUUGCGACGGAAAUCGCGGAGAAUGUUAGCCCUAUGGCGUCGUAUCUUUCGCGGGAGCUCAUGUGGAGAAACCCGGGGAGUGCGGAGGAGACUCAUCUUGUUGAUUCGGCGGUGCUGUAUCAUAUGUUCAGUGGAAAGGACUCAAUGGAAGGCAUUACAGCCUUCUUCGAGAAACGGAAGCCUAACUUCAAGGCUACGCUUGAGGGGGAUGCACCGCCGAGCUUCCCAUGGUGGUCUGAUGUUGAUAUUGGGAGACGCCCGAAGGCGAGCAAGGCGAAAUUGUGA